UCAAUGUUUGAUCCUAUUGUUGAGAGAAGCAUUAAAAUGAUACACAUGCAAUUGGAUAAUAAUCGAAAAACAUGUACUGCAAUGUUUUUGGUAGAAGAAUUAAGCCAAUCGAAAUAUUCGCAAAAAAAAAUUAAACAAGAAUUUCGGCAUCGGAUGAAAAAUAUCUUAGUUCUAUUACAAUCUAUUGCAAUAUCAUACGGUGCAGCUUUAUAUGGAUUAUGAUAAUUUCGGCACCCAAUUUAAAGAAUUCCCAAAAUUCGUAAUAAAUGAACGUGUCUUAAAAUAUACUUAUGGAAUUAGAGUAAGUCAUGUAUGGAAAGAAGGAGAUCUAAUCGAAAAAGACGUCCUAGCGGACGUAUUCAUAAAUUUCUUAACUUGACGCAAAGAGGAACUGUAGUAGAAAUUAAUCAAGAAUUUACUUUGAUGAUAUUUCCAAUAUCUCCGACUCAAGGUGCUUUCGAUUUUCUUAUUUAUUAUACGGCUAAUUACAGUGCACAAUAUAUUGAUGAAGAUGGGAUGGAGAAAUUUGGAAAUCUUUUAAUAUCUCUUCCUAAUGUUCAUUCUGGAUGAAGGUUUAUAUUGUGUGGGAUGACAUUUGGGCAAAUUGAAAUAACAGCUACAGCUAAAAAUCAACUUAAUGGACAGAGUUAU